UAACACCAUUCAGAAUUAAUCUUGUGUUUUCUUUUGUCAAUUAUUUUAUUACAUUACAUCCAAAACAUUAAUCACAUGAUAGCAGUCAGUAUAUUAAUUAACGAAAAUAAACAUGUCAUUCAAUACAUGAGCAAAUAGUCGAGCUGUAGUGUAUGUGUAUAUUUUCCUUUAACCAGCAUGCAUUUCUAAAAACAUGAUUUAUGAAUUCAACUCAUGACUCAUAAUAAGAUAAUGAGAUAAUAGAAAAGGAAGAACAGGUCUGCUAAGCACGAAAAACCUGACUAAUACAGACAUUUUAUUGCAACUCUCACGAUGGUUCAUAAAAAAAAACUUGAAAUGCCAAAUGGCCUUUUCAGACCAAUAACGGUUAAUUUUACCAUAUGGUGCCAUUUUGCUCAUCACAAAACACAUAGUAACUGGUUAAACGUUAAUCCCCCUUAUGGAAUGCCUGGCGCUCCUGCUAAGUUUCCUGGAGGAUUCAUGCCUGCUGGACCUAUGCCAAUAGCUGCUUCCCCUUAUGGUGCUGUUCCUAUGCUUCCACACAUGACAUAUGGUGGACGUCCUCCAUCGCAAAUGAUUCGACCAAAGCAGAGACGUCAUCCAAGUGUGGAACAUGAAGACACUAUGGAGAGAAAGAAACAAACCACUGAAGGGAAGGCAGAACAUCCAAAGAGAAUGUCCUCGAUAGGAGAAGACCAAGUAGAUCUAGCUCAAACAUACACAGGAUUAGAUAAAAAAAUCUCAGAAGAGUUCAUCUCGAUUGCCAUGGAUCCUGAAAGAAAGUCAAAAGCUUCUAGUAGUCAUGAUAGUGAUAUUGUCACCCCGAAAACCAGCUAAAUGCACAAUGAUGAAACUAUUUUUUAAUGUAUAUGUUACUACUCAAUGUACAGAAUUUUGCGUAUGGCUUUAAAUCGAAAAGGAAAGUUAUUUAGUUGUUUAAUUGUCGAUGCUUCCAGUAUUCGUUGAACUUCACUUUUGUUUUGUUAUUCUUCAAAGCCAUUGAAGCAUAUCACCUUGCAUGUUGAAUGUAUGCGUGUUACUUUAUUAUGAGUAUUCUUUGGUAUAUACUGAGAGAUCAUUAUAGAUAUUAAUGAACUACUGAUUCUUAUUAAAACAUGAUCUAUAUCAAAAGCAAAAUAGGUACAUGUAUUGCUAAUUUUAAAAGAGUGACUAUGUACUAUAAAUAAUGUUUUAAAGAUUAGUCAAUUUAUUUAUUUGUUAUAGUAUUUUAUAGCAAUUGCUAUGUAUCUUAACAAAUGCAGAAAGUAUACCCGCAGAAAAAGAUUCAGGCUAUGAAGGGUUAAUAAUUUUAUAUGUAUAUUUGUUAUGUAAAAGUUCCAAAGGGAAAUUAUAAUUUUAAUACUCGACUUUACAUAAUAUAGGUCCAUUCUUACUGAACUAAAAUUUAACAGCUUCAUGUUAAAAAAUAAGAAAGGAAAAUUAAUAUCGUAACUCACUACUUAAUAGUUGAGAGAAUAUUCAUAAUCUUUUAAAUUGCCAAAGCUGCUACUUAUUCUUUUAGUAUAUAAUUCUUUCAUACAGUAAAUUUUUAGGAAUAUUGUUAGUUACAAGAGUUUAUGUUUAUAUUUUUGCUAAAUUUGUAAAAUAUGUAGAAAAUCAACAGUCGCAUUUUCAAGUCAGUUAUAUUACUUACAAAUUAAUAAUAAUAUCUAAUUAAGAAAUAUUAUUUUCUUCAACACUAAUAUGUAUAUAUUAUACUUAAUUGAAAUCGGGACAAUCCAAUUUAAGAUUCAUAUGAAUGAAAAUACUCAUAAGUAUUAUAAAAAUUUCUUUAAAAAAUUGUAGCUUAUAUCUUACAGUAAAAAUUAUUUCUUUCUUUUAUCAAAUGGCCUGUAAAGUACUAUAAACGAUGCUAAUUUUAUCUCGCCAUUCCAUUGUAUAGCCAUAAUUUAAAAAAAAUUGAUUCGACACUGAUUUUAUUGUGUACAUAUUAUGUGUAACAUGUAUUAAUACAAAUAAAUAAAUAUUUAUAAUGAGA